AUGCUUUUCAAAGCGAAAGAUGGGGGCACUAUGCUUCGUGAAACACAUUUAAGAGAAGUUUUGCAACUUGAUUCUGAAUUGGAUUCUACAUUGUCUUUAAGGGAUGGAAAAACUGGAAUGCGUGGGUGUGAUCCUCUUUGUAAUUUGAAUAGACCUUUCCAUUUAAUUGCUCAAAAUUUAAUUAACAAUUCUUCUGCUUCUUCACUUUUAAAAUUGGAUCACCCAUUUUCUUAUUAUUUUGGUUCUCCUCUUUUUGUUGGGUCUAAUUUGUUUGGAGUUGUUACUGAUAAACAUGACAUUUCAACCAAAAAUAUCGACAAAAAUCAAAAUUCAAAAAAUUCUCAAAUUUAUGUCCGAACAAUUAUUCUUUGGUAUUUUAGUAGAGCUGACACAAAACAAAAUAUUAAGCAAUUGAGGAAUGUUACUUUAAAUUUAUUUGAAGAAUCUCAGAGGGGAAAAAGAUUUAAAUAUGUUCAAUUUCAAAUAUUUGGGGAUGAAAUUGCUAACAGGGAAAUGAUACGUGGAGCUAUUCAGGCAACAAUUUUAAUGUCGAUUGGCCUUUUACUUUUAUUAAUUUUUGUUUCUUUUGUUGUUUAUCAAAAAAUGAGUAAUUUAGUCAAAAUACCCGCAAUUGGAUUAAUUGUUUUAAUUUCUAUAUUGUGUCCAUUACUUUCAACUGUUGCUGCUUUUGGAUUUUCUACUUGGCUUGGAAAUAGAAUUUAUACCUUAAUGUGUGUAACACCAUUUUUGAUAGCUGGUGUUGGUGUGGAUGACGCCUUUAUAAUGUUACAAUCGUGGCAGCAACACAGAGACAUUAAAUGUUUAAAACAAAGACUAUCAAAAGUUUUAGUCCACAUCGGCCCCUCAAUAACAAUAACUUCAUUAACAAACACAACAGCUUUUGGUAUUGGUUAUUUUACUCCGGCCCCAACAAUGAGUUUAUUUUGUUUGUGUACUUCUAUUGGGGUUUUGGUUGAUUAUAUUCUUACAUUUACGUUGUUAGCCCCAGUUCUGGUUCUUCUCUCUACUCAUUUUCCUACCACAAAACAACCAACAACUUUAUUACCCCCUCAACAACCAGAAAAUAAUGAAAAACCUUUAAUUGCAUUAAUUCCUCAACAACUUCCUUUAAAUCCUCAAACUUGUUCAAAAGCUUUUAAAUACGCUAAAUUUAUUCAUUCAACUAGAGGACGUUUCUCCGCUUUUUUAUUGGCUAUAAUUCUUUAUAUUGUUGGGACAAGUGGAGUUUUGAGGUUUAAAUCAACCUUUGAGCCUUCAAAAGCAUUUCCUUCUGACUCACCUUUGGCCCAUUCAUUGGAUUCUGUGGGGGAUGUAUUUGAUGAAUUUUUUCCGCUUUGUAUUUUGGUCAAUCGACCGCCUAAUUUAACUGAUCCGGAAGAGUAUUCUUCAUUCAAUAAAAUGGUUGCCGAAUUGGAAGGAUUACCAGAAAGUUGGGGCUCAAACAGAACACUUCUCUUCCUUCGACCUUAUGAGGAAUUUGAUAAGAAAAACACUCAUUUUUGGCAGUCUUUAGGCCUUGGACCUAGCGGGAAAUAUAAAUUUAGUUUGGACAAUCUUCCUUUUUUUAUGAAUUCUAUUGGAAAUCCGCCGACUGUGAAAUAUGAGAAAAAUGGAAAUGGCAGCAUCCAACUAAAAUCUUUUCAAUUUUCCAUUGUAAACAAAGGAAUGACUGAAUGGUGGAAUCGUGCUGUUAUGGAAGAAAAAGUUAGAAUAAUACUUGAAAAAUAUGAAAAGAAUUUUAAUGCUUCUAUGUAUGAUGCUGACUCUCCAGUUUUAAACAUGUUAUUAACCGUUAAAAUUGAUUUGAUUGGCUCUAUCGCCGUAACUGUUGUUUGUAUGGUUUUGAUAUGCUCUCUAUUUAUUGCCCACCCUGCUGGUGUUUGUGUUAUCGGGAUUUGUAUAAGCUCGAUUUGUUUUACGCUAGUUGGAACUCUAAGUUGGUGUGGUGCAGAUUUGGACCCGAUUACAAUGGUGGAUGUACUUUUGGCUACUGGUUUUAGUGUGGACUAUACGGCCCACAUUGCUCAUCAAUACUACACAAAACAGGGAUCAAGUAUAGAAAGGAUAGCACAAAGUUUGGAUGGAAUUUCCACUGCUCUUUGCAUGGUUCCUCUUGUCUUUCUUCCAACUUAUGCCAUUGUAAAUUUUUUUUCAGUGUCUUUCCAUCCUGGGGGGUUUUUGCCAAUUUCCAUAUUCCACGAGCGUGGCUAAGGGGGUCCCUGAACUGAGAGAAAUUGCAAAAAAAAUUUGGGAGGGAAACGAUAAAUAAAGUGAAUCUUGAAAUCGGCCCCCGGGCUCCGCUCUUGCCGUAUUCUGCCAAUAAGGCAAAAAACCCCCCAGGAUUGCCCAUGUUCUUGGUAAUAAAACGUGAAGUUGUGCCCUUCUUGGUAAAAUAAGAAAUUGGCGAAAUAUAUGGGAGCCAAAUUUUUUUUUAAUUUUUUUAUUUUAAAAAUAUUUCCCUUUCCCCACAUGUUAAGGUGGCCUUUGCUAAAACGGUUUGUUGCACGGACUAUUUUUCCUCCCAGUUCUGCUUUGUGCUCUACCCGAAUCAAAAACGGAAAAAACAAUUAAAUUGAGAAAUUCAACUAAAAUGUCUC